CGGACGCUCACCAUAGCCGCUAGGUUACAUUAUUCUCCCAUUUUCCUCUCGUUCAGGCUCCCGCCGCUGAAGCCAUGGAGAACAUGGACUCCACUCUCAAGAAAUACUUUGGGUAUUCAACUUAUCGCCCUUAUCAGAAAGAAAUAAUAGAGAAAAUUUUAGAAGGGAAGGACUGCUUAGUUGUCAUGGCCACUGGCAGUGGCAAGUCACUCUGUUAUCAGGCGCCUCCAUUGAUUACCAAAAAGACUGCUAUAGUAAUUAGCCCUCUCAUAUCUUUGAUGCAAGAUCAGGUAAUGGCAUUGAAAGAGAGGGGAAUUAAAGCUGAGUUUCUCUCGAGUGCUCAGACUAAUCGAAGUGUGCAGAGCAAUGCUGAAUCUGGCCUCUAUGACAUUCUGUACAUGACUCCUGAAAAGGCCUGUUUGCUUUCCACAAGUUUCUGGUCUAGAUUGUUAAAAUCAGGGAUAUGCCUGUUGGCUGUUGAUGAGGCACACUGCAUUUCAGAGUGGGGCCAUGAUUUUAGGAUGGAGUACAAGCAGUUAGACAGAUUACGUGAUGCUCUUGUGGAAGUUCCUUUUGUUGGCCUUACAGCAACCGCUACAGAAAAAGUUCGGAGGGACAUUAUGAAUUCCUUGAAGAUGAAAGACCCUCAUGUUGCUAUUGGCUCUUUUGAUCGCAAGAAUAUCUUCUAUGGAGUCAAAUCCUUCACUCACGGUUCUACUUUUGUUAAUGAGCUUGUGGAGGAGAUCUCUAAAUAUGUAGAGAAUGCAAAUUCGACUAUAAUAUAUUGUACAACAAUUAAAGAUACUGAAGAGAUCUUCAGGUCACUGAUUGCGGCAGGAAUCAAGGCUGGAAUUUACAAUGGCCAAAUGUCUAAUAAAGCACGUGAAGAUGCACACAGAUCAUUUAUCAGAGACGAGUUCUAUGUCAUGGUCGCAACUGUUGCUUUUGGUAUGGGUAUUGAUAAACCAAACAUAAGGCAUGUGAUACACUAUGGCUGCCCAAAGAGUUUGGAGUCUUAUUACCAGGAAAGUGGAAGAUGUGGCCGAGAUGGCAUUCCUUCAAUCUGCUGGCUUUACUACACAAGAAGUGACUUUGCAAAAGCUGAUUAUUACUCUCGAGAAGCACAAUCAGCAGAUCAGCGCAAAGCUAUUAUGGAAUCGUUUGUUGCUGCACAACAUUAUUGCUUGCUGGCAGUUUGUAGGAGAAAAUAUUUGUUGGAAUACUUUGGAGAAACAUGUGCUUAUGAUAAGUGUGGAAAUUGUGAUAAUUGCACUAGCUCGAAGAAGGAGAAUGACGUGUCAAGGGAAGCAUUUCUUCUUAUAGCUUGUAUUCAGUCUUGUGGAGGUCGUUGGGGCUUGAAUCUGCCCGUGGAUGUUCUUCGUGGAUCUCAAUCUAAGAAAAUUCUUGAAGCCAAGUUUGAUAAGAUUCCAUUCCAUGGCCUCGGAAAGGAGUUGCCUGCAAAUUGGUGGAAGGCGCUUGCUUACCAAUUGAUUUCACGCGGAUAUUUGGUAGAAAAAUUUGACGAUGUGUACAAAUUUGUAAGGGUUAGUCCAAAAGGAUUGCAGUUUCUGAAAUCUUGCAACCCUGAUUACCAACCUCCAUUGUUUCUACCCAUGACUUCUGAAAUGGUGGUCGAUGAGGGAAGUGGAGACACAUCCACUGAGACUAGAGGAAACAAUGGUUUGGCUUCUACGGAAUUUGAAGGAUUGUCUCAGGCUGAAACACAACUCUAUAAAAUGCUCUUGGAAGAGAGGAUGAAGGUUGCAAAAGCUAAUGGAACUGCACCGUAUGCAAUUUGUGGUGAUGUAACGUUGAAAAAAAUAAGUUUGACAAGGCCUUCUACAAAACCAAGGCUAGCAAACAUAGAUGGUGUAAAUCAGCACUUUAUGAAAACAUAUGGCGAUCAUUUUCUUCAAAGUAUUAAGCAUCUGUGUGAAGGACUUAAUCUUUCUCUGGAUGGAGAGAGAUGCACACAAAACAUUCAACCUUCUGUUUCAGCUAAGAUAGUUACAGUACCAAGCAAUAAGAAACUAACACCAGCAAAGUUAGAAGCGUGGAAGAUGUGGCACGAAGAUGGCCUUAGCAUCCAGAAGAUUGCGAAUUUUCCUGGGAGAGCAGCCCCAGUAAAAGAACAAACUAUAUUUGAGUAUAUCCUUGAAGCUGCACGCGAGGACUACCCUGUUGAUUGGGCCAGAUUGUCUGAUGAAAUUGGGUUGACUCGGGAGAUCUUCAUGAACAUUGCAAGUGUUGUCUCAAGAGUUGGUAGAGAGAAGUUGAAACCUAUUAAAACUGAAUUGCCAGAAGAGGUAACCUAUAGUCAGAUUAAGGCAUAUUUGGCGAUGCAAGAAUUCGGAAUUUCAGAGAAUGUAUUUCCGUCUAACCACCAGGCUAGCCUAGCAACUGGUGAACUGUCAGAAGUUGAAGAACCAAUUGAUCACACAAGUAGUGGUUCUCCUUGUGAGGAAAUCCAUUCAGUAUCUAAUCUCCAGACUGAGAGCAUGGUCACAGAUGAACCUGACUUUUCACCUAUUUCUGCAAAACGCCAAAAAAUUUAUGCCCCAGAGGGAAGAAGUCCAAUGAAACUGGAAGCAACAGAGGAAUCCUUACUAAGCUGGCUCAAGAAAUUUGAUGAUGGGGCUUCUCUUUCUGAUCUUUUGGAGCACUUCAAUGGGUCCACCGAGAAUUCCCUGGUUGAUCUUCUGAGCAAUCUUGAAGGUGAGUUCUUGAUAUUUAGAAAGAAUGAUGUGUACAAGCUGAUGUAACAGUUAAUUGCAACUUAAAACAAAGAAAAAAAAUGUCAGGGCAAGAUUCUUUAGAUGUCUGCUGUAAAUAGGGAAUUCAAAGCUUUAAAAAGCCUGUAGCCAGUAUGUGCUUUUCAUGUGAAUGGAGUUCAUUUUGUUAGCAA